AAACGCCACUUCUACAUCACCGCCCCUCCCUCUGAAAAUCCUCUCUCUCUCUACGCUCCUCUCUCUCCUCUCUCUUCUCUCUCUCUACCGUUUAUAAAUCCCCUGUCCUCAAACGCCACUUCUACAUCACCGCCCCUCCCUCUGAAAAUCCUCUCUUUCUCUCUCUCUCUCUCUCUGUGAAAAAGUUGAACUUUAAUUGCAAUAUGCAAUCACAAACUAUCCCAUAUGGAACAUGGAUUCCGGGCACCCGAGCCGGCCACGCGACGCCGUCCUCACGCGACGCCUCACGUGAGCAACACCUAGCGGCGGCCAGCGUACAAAAAAUGGUGUCGGAGAAUGCUGUCACGGUUGUCGGACGACGUGGCUGCUGCAUGUGCCACGUCGUCAAGCGGCUGCUCCUCGGUCACGGGGUCAACCCUACGGUUUUCGAGGUGGACGAGGAAGACGAGAUCGGGGUUGUCGUUGAACUGCGGAGACUGAUCGGAGCAGACCAGGAGGAUUGGCCGCAGUUUCCGGUGGUGUUUGUUGGCGGGAAGUUGUUUGGUGGUUUGGAGAGGGUUAUGGCUACUCAUAUUACAGGUGAACUUGUGCCUGUGUUAAAACAAGCCGGAGCUUUGUGGCUUUGAUUUUUUCUUCACCUUUUCUUCUGUAUUAUUUUUGGAGGUUUUGGGCUUGUAAUUCAGCGAACUUUAAUCGUAUUCGGAUUUUUAAAAAAAAGAAAAAAGAUUGAAGAAAUACUUGUUUCACACGUACAGCUCCAAAAUUGCAGAUCCUGUGAUCAUUUCUUCAUGUAUCUGUCUUUAAUUUUGUUGAAUAUUUUUGUAGGACACGAGUUAUUGGGAGAUAAUUAAUCUGAAAGUUCUAGUAAUAAUCCAUGAUAUGAUGUGAUUUUUCAAAAUUUAUGCUAAUCAUGGACAGCAGGCAACAUCCAAUGGGGCUGAGCUGGUUGCUGCAAGUAAGACCCAUGCUUGUCUGGCAGAAAUUUUUAGUUGUGAUAGGAAUACGGAUAAUACAUCAUAUGUUUUAUGUAA